GUAGGAAUUUUCCUCAUACCGCUGAAAGACUGCCUCUUCCACUGAAAAUGAGUGGUUACAUCUUGUUCCUCGCCUUCGUAGGCUUUGUCCAUGGACAGACACGUCUUGGAAGUUACAAUUUGGAUCCCGCCAUCUCAGUGUCUGGACUAUCAUCAGGAUCCUACAUGGCCAAUCAGUUCCAUGUUGCUCAAUCUAAGAAGAUCGUUGGAGCAGGUCUUUUUGCUGGAGGACCAUAUUACUGUGCGGCAGGAAGCAUGCUUACGGCAACCAACGCCUGCAUGAAAAUGCCAACAAGCAUUGAUGUGAAUUCCCUCGUCUCAAGGACCCAAAGUUAUGCAAGCAGUGCUCUCAUUGAUCCUGUAUCAAACCUCGCCAAUGAUAAAGUCUUCAUCUUUUCUGGAUCUCGGGACUCUGUAGUGGUUCCUGGGGUGGUGAAGAAACAGGAGGAAUACUACCUAAGAUAUACUAAUGCUGCAAACAUUAAGACCGUCUAUAGCGUGGCAGCAGAGCAUGGCAUGCCUACUGAUUAUUAUGGAGGGGCUUGCGGAUCCACCAAUCUUGAAUACAUCAACAACUGCAACUACAACGGUGCCUAUGAGGCUUUGAACCACAUCUAUGGUGGGCUGCAGAAACCAACCCCUGGAGCAGCUCUUACUGGAGAGCUGAUUCUGUUUGACCAGAAGGAAUAUUUUAAACUGGCUGCCCCUUCUACCUAUGGCAUGGACACCGCUGGUUAUAUAUACGUUCCUGCUUCCUGCAAAAGUGGAACACAAUGCAGACUGCACAUUGUAUUCCACGGCUGUCUUCAGGCAAGGGAAAAACUUGGUGAUAAGUACGCCAGAAACACCGGAUACAACCAGGUCGCUGAUCUGAACAAUCUCAUCAUCCUCUAUCCUCAGGCUACAUCUAACUUGUCUAACCCAAAUGGAUGCUGGGACUGGUGGGGAUUCAGCAGCAUAUACUAUGCUAACAAAAAUGGCUACCAGAUGACCGGCGUUGAAAGAAUGAUGUUGAGGACUUUCGGACAGUAUUAAAGUCUUUACAGCAGCAAUGGUGAAGUCACUGAUCAGCGAAAUGACUGUUACAAAAUUAAUUGUAAAUAUUAAAAACAUUAGGGAAUACUAAACCAUCCCCCCAGUUAUAUCUUCUACUAUUAUUCAUUACUGGAGAGACUUUUCGGUUUUCGGCGAAGUAGGAAGCUUUGAAGAACAAAACCCUGAUUUUAUCAUAAAUCAUAACCCAACACCCAAUUGAUAUCCAUCAUAAAAAAAAAAUUUUGUAUGUUGCACCUGGACAAGUUUUUACUUAUUGAAUAAAGGGUCAAACUGU